UAAACUGUAUGAAAAGGACGAAGUGGGUAUGGAUAGAAAUCUACCAAACUUCAUAUUUUUGCGACUAGCAGAAUAUUCAUGUAUUAAUUUGUUUGUUUAGAGCGAUUACUAUUAAAACAAGAAUUGCAUUCUUAUUUGUAUGAAUUAUACAGUUUCAACUUUUUUAAGGAUAUAUCAGAUUUAAAAGAGCCUUUAUAAGUUAGCUUAUUCUAUCUUAUUGUAUAAUACAAAUUUAUAGAAUAUUUAGCCUUAUGUAGUAUAAUUUACGGCAAGUGACACCGGUUUGCGGAGUGGAUGCGAAGAAAAAGUCUUAAUUAGGAAAAUUCCGCUAAGGUAUCAACAAGCGAUAACAAAAAGUUCAUCAACCACAAAUAAAAUCACUAUAAAAAUUUCAGUUUAAAUCAUUUGAACUUAUAUUUCAUCUCAUUCAGUAUAUCAUAUCAUGACCAAGAUCUUAUGUGUUGGAUUAGGUGGUGUAGGGGUCAUGGCUGCCUACACCUUGAAGAAAAACAAUGGGUCUGAUAUCGAAUUAACAGCUGUGAUUAGAUCAGAUUAUGAUUUAGUUACUAGGGAAGGAUAUACGAUUAGUUCCUGUGAUUAUGGUGGUAGAAAGGAAGGUGAAGAUUCCAUCAAGGGGUUUAAACCGGAUGUUAUUGUUAAAUCAGUUGAAGAUAUUCAUUCAGGUCCAUUUGAUUAUAUUUUAAUAUCUACUAAAGUUGUUCCAUCCGAAUUUAAUAUUUGGGAUCAAAUUAAGCAUAAUACAUCAAAAUUAAUCAAACCUGAUUUUGGAACUAGUAUUGUCUUGGUUCAAAAUGGUAUUGAUAUUGAAAGUUAUUGGUCUGAUAUCGAGGGUGUUAAUUUAAUUAGUGGAGUUUCCUAUAUUAGUUCCACUAAUAAUAAAGGUCAUGUUACCCAAUUUUCUCAUGAUACUUUAGUAUUAGGAUUAUUUGAUAUUAAAAAAGUUCAUGAUAAGCAAGCUGUUAGUUCAUUAGAAACUUUGAUUAAAUUAUAUGAUAACGGUAUUAAUUCAACUAAACUUGAUCAUAAUGCCAGAUUCACAAGAUGGAAGAAAUUAAUUUAUAAUGCAGCUUAUAAUACUGUUUGUUGUUUAACAGAUUUAGAUGUGGGGAAAGUAUACGAAUUAAAAGAUAGUAAACAAAUCAUUGAUAAAGUGUUUUACCCCUUGAUGAAAGAAGUUCAAUAUAUCGCUAAUCUUGAUUUAAAACAAUAUGAUUAUGGAGAUUAUAAUCAAUAUAUUACCGAAGAAAAUAUCACCAAUAUGAUUAGGGAUACUGAAUUAUUCGAUGCCCCCGAAAAUUAUCAACCUUCAAUGUUAGUUGAUUCAAGAAAUGGGAGAUUAAUUGAACUUGAAAUUAUUCUUGGAAAUAUUUUAAAAGUUUAUCAACAAAUUAAAGGUAAUGAUAAUGAAAUCAAGAAAGAUUUACCUUAUUUAAAUUUCUUAUAUUAUUUAUUAUCAAUGGUUCAACAUAGAUUAGAGCAAAAGUAGAAAGAAACAAAAAAAGUUUAAACUUACACUGAGUUAUUUAGAUUAGGGGAAUAUUAAUUGAAUGAAUAUAUUUAUAUGUUAUAUAUAUGUUAUGUAAUAUUCCAUUCAUGUAUGUAUUUUUAUUUUGAAUCACCGAGAACCCACCAAAAUUAUUAUUAUUAAAAGAAAAUGCUAUGUAAAAGAGAAAUGAAGGUAAUGAAGCAAUGCUA